AUGAUAUGUACCCACCGUGACGGCAAAGCGAAAAUAAAGCGGCGGUCUAAAGCAACUCGCUUACAUAUUAUCGGUGGUUCGUGACGGAGCAACAGCUAUUAGCCACUCAUAUGUCUCCACUUGUCCGAUUACGACACCGGUUUAAUAAUUUGAAAGUAAACCACUUAAUUAUUACGAUAUCAUUUUUUAAAAAGUAAGGAAUCAAAACAUAUAACGAAUAAAUAUAAUUAAGAUUCUUUCUUCUAAACCCAUUCGCUCUCUCCGAUCACAAACAACCAUUUGAUCUAACGGUUUAAUUUUCUCGAGAAACCGAAGGAAAACAGAGGUGCACAACGAUUCUGCCGGUAACUUUUGAGAUAUUUUUUGGGCAAAAGAGUUCAUUUUUUUGGUUUUAUCUUCGUCUCGAUCGAUCUAUGACGUACAGCAAUGGCGUCGAUGGUACGGUGCCUGAGCUGAAAUUGAGAGUCGAAGAUUCCGAAAAUGGUGAUUAUGUGAAAUUGAGAGGGAGAUCGGAUGAAGAAGAAGAAGGGUCAUCGGCGGAAUCAUCGGGAUUUUCGAUAGGAUCGGUUACUUCUGUCUGGUUCUGGGUGAAAUUGAUCUCCUUGGUCGUUUGUUUGGUUUCAUUGGCUUUUGUAAUCAUCAAAUGGAUUGGUCCGUUUUUGAUCGAAAAGGAGCUGAUUCCAUUUAUAAAUUGGGUGAGAAACACAUUCAGCAUUCCGGUUCUCGGUCUUCUACUCUUUGCCUCAGUGGCUUUGUUUCCAAGCAUUCUUCUCCCUUCUUCUCCUUCCAUGUGGAUGGCUGGUCUUACAUUUGGUUAUGGAAAAGGGUUUUUACUGAUUCUAUCAGCAGCAUCGAUCGGUGUUACUCUUCCUUUCUUAAUCGGGCAUCUUUUCCUUCAUAAGAUGCAGGAAUGGUUGAAGAAAUACCCGAAAAAAGCAGCCAUACUUAGAGCUGCUGGUGAAGGAACCUGGUUUCAUCAGUUUCAAGCAGUCACACUAAUCCGUGUCUCUCCAUUCCCUUACAUCAUAUACAACUACUGCGCAUUAGCCACUGGAGUUCAUUACGGUCCUUACAUCUUAGGCUCUCUUGUUGGAAUGGUUCCUGAGAUCUUUGUCUCAAUUUACACGGGAAUAAUGCUGAGGACACUAGCAGUUGCAUCAGACACGAGACACACACUUUCGGUUGUGGAGAUAGUCGUGAAUGUUCUUGGCUUCUGUGUAACUGCGAGCGCGACUAUAGUCUGCACAAUCUAUGCGAAGAAGAAGCUAAGUGCGAUGCAAUCAGAGGACGUAGAGACAUUACAAAAUCCAAUACUUUAAUAACUCUUUUCACCACUAAGCGCUUCUUCUAGAUCACAACAUACCAUCUAACACGAUCUUGAUAUUGAUAAUAUAUAUAAUUUGUUUUUUUUUUUUGUUUUGUUAUUCUUAUUCAUUUGAAAGUGAAUAUCUAUGUCUCUUUUCUCUUGUAUAUAUGUAUCAACUGAAUUUUGAAAAUCUCCAAUGUAUAUUUAUUAGAUCA